UCAAGGCUUGUUGUUCUGUAUUGCCCUGUCUCCAGGCAUAUCACAGGCGCCUGAAGGGAACAGGGGAGCGUUGAGACCACCAAUACGCGUCAAGGCUGCAUUGAGUUUCACCUGUCUCAAAGAAAACAUUACGAUGGUUACGCCGCUUAGCGAGAAGUCUUCCAAUAGCUCCCUCAGGGGUAAAGCGGGCGAAAGAACUCGACUUAGAGAAACAUCAGUGGAAUCGGAGAUCAUCCACCCUGAAAAGUUGCCCUCGAAUUUUGGAGAGGUUGUCAAAGGGGUCUAUAGAAGCUCUUUUCCACAACCUUGGCAUUUCCAAGCACUAAAGAAGCUGGGCCUCAGGAUGAUUGUUACGUUAGUUGAAGGGGACUACACUCAGGACCACCAGGUCUUUCUCAAAGAGAAUGGUAUAGAGCAUCGUCGCAUUCUUAUCCUGGCAAACAAGGAUCCCACAGGUCGGACCCCGGACCAUGUAGUGAAUCGAGUCCUGGAAAUUAUACUCAACAAUGCUAAUCACCCACUCCUUCUACACUGCAACAAGGGAAAGCAUCGGACUGGAUGCAUUGUUGGCUGCUUUCGGAAGGUUCAGGGUUGGGACAUGUCAGCUAUUCGUAAGGAAUACAUCAACUUUUCUUGGCCGAAAUCAAGGCCCCUCGACGAACGAUUCAUUGAACUUUUCGAUGACACCGGUCUCAGACCCCUCGCUGUUUCUUCAGGUGCAACCUCAUGGCCUGCUGGUGCAAUGCUCAACCCGCUUCGCGAAGAAGUAGUCGAGGACGAAAAUACCCCGAGAGGCAGUAGACAUUCUUCUGCCAGUGUAUUUCACAAGUCCGACGCUAUGUGAUGGAUAUAGCGCACUUUGCAUGACUGUCACACUACCUCAUGAAGGACUAGAUGUCUUCGACGAGUACGACUUUACCGAUGUUGAAACAAUUUGACUGCAUGGAGUACGGAGCACGAAGGUGCAUUGGGACGGUGCAUGUUGACUUAUAAUUGACCCUGAUCUCUCUCUGUCAGAUACCCAACACUUUGUUGACUGAUGCUACAGUGGCGUGUUUGGUUUAUGGUGUUGCGAAGACGGUAAUUCGGGCUAAUGUUAUGAAUUAGGGUGUGGUUUUGUCUUACUUUGUCGGAGAAUCGAUGGAUAAUCUAUGG